GAGCUUGCUGCUCUGCACAGAGAAUAGUGGUGAAGGAAGGGCCUUCCUUACCAGUUAAAGACAAAAGUCAACUCAGCAAACAUUGACCGUCUCCAGAGAACAGCACCCUGCAAAGAGCCUGUUCUCCGCCCAUUUCCUCCUGUCUCUUCUCUGCUCAGAGGGCCCAAUAGACAUAAACAUGAGUGAAAUUGGAAUGGACGCCAUUCAUGACCUCUUCUCCAAAGACCCCACCAUCAAGCUCGGAGGUCACUGGGAGCCCCCUGACUGCAUGCCUCGAUGGAAGGUGGCGAUCCUCAUCCCGUUCCGGAACCGCCACGAGCACCUGCCAGUGCUGCUCAGGCACCUGAUUCCCAUGCUCCAGCGCCAGCGCCUGCGGUUUGCGUUUUAUGUGGUUGAGCAGGCGGGCACCCAACCCUUCAAUCGAGCCAUGCUUUUCAACGUUGGCUUCCAAGAAGCAAUGAAGGACUUGGAUUGGGACUGUCUGAUUUUCCAUGAUGUGGAUCACAUACCUGAAAGCGAUCGCAACUAUUAUGGCUGUGGACAGAUGCCGAGACACUUCGCAACCAAACUGGAUAAGUACAUGUAUCUGCUUCCUUACACCGAGUUCUUUGGCGGCGUGAGCGGCUUAACGGUGGAACAGUUCCGGAAGAUCAAUGGGUUCCCUAAUGCUUUCUGGGGCUGGGGUGGCGAAGAUGAUGACCUCUGGAACAGAGUACAGAAUGCAGGCUACUCGGUGAGCCGGCCCGAGGGCAACACUGGGAAGUACAAGUCCAUCCCCCAUCACCAUCGAGGAGAAGUCCAGUUUCUUGGGAGGUACGCUCUGCUGAGGAAGUCCCGGGAGCGGCAGGGGGUGGACGGGCUCAACAACUUGAACUACUUUGCAAACGUUACCUUCGACGCCUUGUACAAGAACAUCACGGUCAACCUGACGCCAGAGCUGGCGCAGGUGACAGAGUACUGAGUCGAGCGGGAACUCCAGUGUGCUUUCCUCAUCGCCACCGAGAAAGAAAGCAGCCCGUGGAGACGCCGGGGCCACGUGGGAGAGGACGCAGCGCCCAGGCAUCACAGGGUGCCGGGAGAGAGCCCACGCUAGGUGCCGGCGCCGGCACCGUCCAGACCUGCUGUGCCGGCGCUCGGAACGUGCCGCAUCAGGACUGCUUUCAGCGGCCACCCGACGACGUCUCUCUUGCUGCUCACCGCCCUCCUGUCUCUUUCUUGCCCCUCAUUCCCCCUUCAGCCAUGGCCUCCAGGACGGGUACACAGGAUCUGUGUGGUCCUGCCAGGGAACCCACCCCUACGGGGGUCCCCUGGGCCCCCUUGGCGGUCAGUGCAGAGGGGCAAAGGCAUCACAGGGCAGCUGCGUCGUCGUCAGAAGCUCAAGUGAAGCUCCGCACACCAUCUUCCUACCCCGUGGGUGUGUUCGUUCUCGUUCCAUUCACGACCGACAAAACCAACCAACCCCCUGCUUCGGGAGGGGACUGAGGGGGUGGGGGGGCAGAUCAAUAGACAUCUCUAUAACGAUCACUUCUCGAAGAAGUAUAAUUGUAAAUAAGCCAUGUAAAAUGCCUUCUGAAGAUUUAA